UUUUCGUUCACAUCAUCUCUACUAACCACAAUGUUAUCAUUAUUUAAAAGCAACCAAGUCACCAACUUCUCGUCGAACAAAAGCCUCUUCAAACUCUUCAAAUUCUUUUCAACAAUAUCCCUAUUGGAACAUUCAUGAUGCACCUUUAUCAAUAUCUGAAAUUGAACGAAUAUUUAUCAAGUUUGAACAUUAUUUUGGAUUUCAACAUGAUAGUGUUCUCAACAUGUACGAUCAUCUUUUGACUUUAUUGGAUUCACGUGCGGCUCGUAUGACUCCUCAACAAGCUCUUUUAUCUUUACACGCUGAUUAUAUUGGUGGGGAACACGCUAACUAUCGUAUUUGGUACUUUGCAGCUCAACUGGAUUUGGAUAUGCCAUCACAACAAAAAACAAAACAACCUCCAUUAUCAUCAGCUUCUGGACAAUACCUUCAACAAAUGAAACGCGAAUGGCACGAUGCUAUGGUGACUAUGACUGAUCACGAUCGCAUGUCGCAAUUGGUCUUAUAUUUAUUGAUCUGGGGGGAAGCAAGUACUCUUCGUUAUAUGCCUGAAUUACUCUGUUUUCUUUUCAAACUAGCUGAGGAUCAUCGAAAACAAAUGGAUAACAAUUCAACUUCAACAGAAUCUUCUCAUCACUUUUUGAACGAUAUCGUCGCUCCUCUUUAUCGUUUUCUUCGGGAUCAAUCUUAUAUUAUUGUCAAUGGUCAAUGCUUACGACGGGAAAAGGAUCACAAUGAUAUUAUUGGAUAUGACGAUGUAAAUCAAUUUUUUUGGGAUCGACGUGCUAUGGCCAGGUUAUUACUGAAGGAUGGUGUCACUUUACUCAAGGAUAUACCUCAAGCCCAACGAUAUGAAGCUCUUCCUUUUAUUGAUUGGUCCUCUGCAUUUAGGAAAACGUUUUAUGAAUCAAGAUCAUGGUUGCACCUCUUCACCAAUUUUUCUCGCUUUUGGGUUCUACAUAUUGCCACUUUCUGGUAUUACAUGACAGCCAAUAUGGGAUUCCUUCUCUCUGAUUACAAGCAUUAUACUCUACCUGUCAAGUUAUCUGUGGUCGGUCUUGGUGGUUUAGUAGCUGUCGCAUUGGUCAUGGCAGCAACAAUCAGUGAAUUCCAUUAUCUACCGGCUUAUUCACAUAUUACAAAGAUCUUAAUAACGAGACUGUUAUGUCUGAUUCUCCUUGCUGCUGGUCAUACGGGUGCUUUUUUUUAUGUAUAUUAUAUGGACAGUAAUAGUAUGAUUGCUCUUAUUGUAUCCUCCUGUCAAUUGGGUCUUGGUGUCAUUGUCACUAUUAUUCUCGCUAUUGUACCGUCCUCCAGGCUCUUCCGAUUACGAAAUCAACUCCAUCUUGCUACUCAGGCUUUUACCGCACAUUUUCCUACCAUGUCAAGUGACGAUAGGUUUCUCUCUAUUCUGAUGUGGUUAUGUAUCUUUACCUGCAAAUUUCUGGAAACUUAUUUUUUUCAAGCCUUGUCUUUCCGGGAUGCUAUUACUGCCAUGGCGACUUUGAAAUUCGAUAUCUGUCGUCGUGAUCCUCUGCUUGGAAAUUGGAUUUGUACUUUGAUACAUGUGGUUGCAAGUAUACUCAUGUUUGCCGUUGAAUUGAUUCUCUUCUUUUUGGAUACUUAUCUAUGGUACGUUAUUUGGAACACAGUGUUUUCGGUAUCACAGGCAAUGCGGUUGGGGAUUUCCAUCAUGACGUCUUGGAGAACUAUGUUUGCAAGGUUACCAGGAAAUAUGUAUUCGAAAAUCACAGCUACUCGGGAAUUCUCUGCUUCUCAUUUACGAAAAAUGGCUUGCUCUCAAAUGUGGAAUGCUAUUGUGAUAUCUAUGUAUCGGGAACAUUUAUUGUCUAUCAAUAAUCUGCAUUGGCUCAUGUACAAAAUAUACAACAAAACUACAAAUGAUGAUGACGAUGAUGGUGAUGAUGCAAUGGGUACUCGUGGACUUGCUCUGCCAGCUAUAUUUGAUCUCGAUAAUAAUGUGAACAAAGAUGAUUGCUUUCCGGCUUACUCUGAAGCUGAACGACGACUCUCCUUUUUUGCUCAAAGUCUAUCAGCUGAUAUCCCGCCUCCAUGUUCGGUACAACAAAUGCCUAUCUUCACUGUCUUUACACCACACUAUGCAGAAAAAAUAUUACUCUCUUUACGCGAAAUCAUCCGGGAAGAAGAUACGACAACUCGUGUGACCUUAUUGGAAUAUUUGAAGAGAUUACAUCGUGCUGAAUGGCAUCAUUUUGUGAAGGAUACCAAAUUCAUUGCAGAAGAGGAUGAUGUUGACAUAUCUGGAACACAUUCAGUCAAGGAUAAGGAUGAUUUACCAUUUUACUGUAUUGGAUUCAAAUCAUCAGCACCUGAAUAUACUUUACGCACUCGUGUAUGGGCAUCUCUUCGUGCACAGACUCUCUAUCGAACUGUCUCUGGUUUUAUGAAUUAUGCAAGAGCUCUCAAGAUUUUACAUCGGAUAGAACGUCCUGAAUUAUCUGAUAUCAACAACAACAAGAAUACAUCUAAUAAUCUGGCUGAUACGGAAACACAUCUGGAUCAACUUGCGCAACACAAAUUCAGGUUUCUAGUGGCGAUGCAACGGUACGACAAAUUCAAUGAUGAAGAAAAUGAAAACUGUGAAUAUUUGCUGACGGAAUUCCCACACCUGCAAAUAGCAUAUAUUGAAGAACAAAUGCCAACACCUUCAAAUACUGAUGAUCAUGACAAUGAUGAUGACUACAAGGAUAGACAACCGAACGAACCAACUUAUUACUCUUGUUUGAUUGAUGGAUUUUGUCCGAAGUUACCCAAUAACAGACGAAAACCACGAUGCCGAAUUCAACUUCCUGGAAAUCCUAUUCUUGGUGAUGGAAAAUCAGAUAAUCAGAACCAUGCUAUUAUUUUCUCAAGAGGUGAAUAUCUUCAACUGGUGGAUGCCAAUCAGGAUAAUUAUUUAGAAGAAUGUCUCAAGAUCCGAAGUAUCUUUCGUGAAUUUGAACAAGAUGGAACUCCAACACAAGAUGUUUAUGCCUAUGAUGAUGAUGAUGAUGAUGACAACAAGAAUACAAGUACCACUUCUUCUUCUUCUUCCUCAACAUUAUCUACAACAACAACGACAACAACGACAACAGCAGCAGCAGCAACAACAACAACAACAACAACAACAACGAAAAAAAGAAAGCCACCUGUUGCUAUUGUUGGUGCUAGGGAAUAUAUCUUUAGUGAAAAUGUGGGUGUAUUAGGGGAUAUUGCUGCAGGAAAGGAACAAACAUUUGGAACAUUGACUCAACGGAUUAUGGCCAAGACAGGAGGUCGACUUCAUUAUGGACAUCCUGACUUUUUGAAUGCUGUAUUUAUGACAACACGUGGUGGGGUUAGCAAGGCACAACGUGGAUUACAUUUGAAUGAAGAUAUUUAUGCUGGAAUGAAUGCGUUAUCACGAGGUGGUCGAAUUAAACAUACUGAAUAUCUCCAAUGUGGCAAAGGACGUGAUCUUGGAUUCUGCUCUAUUCUCAACUUUACUACCAAAAUUGGCACUGGAAUGGGUGAACAACUUUUAUCAAGAGAAUAUUAUUAUUUGGGCACACAACUACCUCUGGAUCGGUUUCUUACAUUCUAUUAUGCACAUCCUGGAUUUCAUAUGAACAACAUUAUGAUCAUCUUUGCUAUUCAAAUCUUCUUAUUCUGUAUGAUGGUGAUCGGUACCAUGGCGGUUUCAUUACCUCAUUGUCCCUCUCAACAAGUAACUAGGUUUACAGGAUGUUUGGAUGCAACCCCUAUUUAUGAUUGGCUACGACGUUGUAUUUUAUCGAUUUUUAUGGUGUUCUUUAUUGCCUUUUUACCUUUGUUUCUUCAAGAAUUGACGGAAAAGGGAACUUCAAGAAGUCUGGCUCGUCUAUUGAAGCAAUUAGUCUCUUUAUCACCCUUCUUUGAAGUAUUCGUGACGCAAAUUUACGCCAAUGCUGUUUUGUCCAAUCUUAGUUUUGGUGGAGCACGGUAUAUAGCCACGGGUCGAGGAUUUGCAACAUCACGUCUUCCAUUCUCGGUUCUUUAUUCUCGGUUUGCCAAUCCUAGUAUUUAUUUUGGAGCAAGAACCAUGUUUAUGCUUCUAUUUAUCUCUUUGGCAGUAUGGAUUCCUCACUUGAUCUAUUUUUGGGCAACAGUUUCAGCUUUGAUCUUUUCACCAUUUAUCUUCAAUCCUCAUCAAUUUGUAUGGACGGAAUUCAUCAAUGAUUAUCGGCACUUUUUGUCAUGGUUUAUUCGGGGGAAUGCAAGACAUUAUCAUGGAGAUGCUUGGAUCACUUAUUGUCGUCAAUCUCGAACACGUGUUAUUGGCACACGACAUCAUCGCAAACAACACAAGAAAAAAAAGAAGAAGAAAAUGCAAGAAAAGGAAUUGGCUGAACAUACAACAACAACAUCUGUACCCAUGUCUCCAAAAGCACGUCUUGCAAGUAUAUUUGUAUCUGAAAUAUUUAUGCCAAUGGUACAAGCUGGUUUAUGUCUUGUCAUGUAUUCUUUUUGUAAAAGUCGUGAUGGAUUACCUAUGGGACCUGGUGGUGGAAUUGCGCGUAUUGGAUUGAUUACUCUAUCGCCUAUGAUUGGACAUGCCAUUCUACUUGCUUGUGUUCAAAUCAUUACUUUAGUGCUUGCUUGUCUUGGUUGUGGUAUGGGACGUUGGAUGGCGGCAAUCACUCAUAGUUUAGGUAUUCUCUUGUCAAUUGGUGCGUUAGAAUUCUUUUGGUGGAUGGAAAACUAUGCGACACAACCUACUUUACUUGGUCUCCUUGCAGUUUUUGCCAUGCAACGGUUUAUCUUCAAGACAAUUGUGGCCAUCUUUCUAACUCGAGAAUUACCCGAUGAUGCAACGAAUCGUGCCUGGUGGAAUGGUAAUUGGCGUCGAACAAAGCUUGGCAAAUAUGCAUUACGUGAAUACAUAUGCAAGAUUGUGGAAAUGUCUGUGUUUACAACUGAUUUCAUCCUUGGCCAUUUGAUCUUGUUUGUCUUGUUUCCAGUGUGCUGUAUUCCUUACAUCGAUCGAUUACAUUCCUUAAUGCUCUUUUGGUUACGUCCUUCACAUCAGAUUCGACCCUCUGUCCUUUCUACUAAGCAACGACAACGGCGGAAUCAAGUCAUCCUGUGGUAUGGACCUUUGUUUAUCUUGAUAUUUAUUCUCUUUGUUUCUCUUCUGGUCGUUCCUCUCUUGUUUUGGCAGCCAAGGCUACCUAGAGCCACAUCCACUAUUGUUACCUUGAUCUUUUAGUUUACCUAGUCAUCUUUAUUUAUAUUUUUUGUAUGGUACAAUAAACAUUUUGAUUUAAUAGAAAGAAAAUCAUACACAUAGUUGAAUAGAAU